AUGUCUGAGAAGAACGUCAACUGUCCGGAGAACUCUAAAUUGAACGAGAAACAUGCCGAGUCUUUCCUGGAACACGCGAACCCAUCCAUGUUCAAUGAUGAGAAAGUCUCCAAAACUCGAGGUGACUACUCCGGUGCUGUUGCAAAGACAGAUCCCAGGGAAAUCAAGUUGGUCCGGAAACUUGAUAUGAGGAUGAUGCCGAUUGUCUGGGCUAUGUAUUUUCUGAACUACGUCGACCGCAACGCCAUCGCAAGCGCACGUCUCAAUGGGCUCGAAGAAGACCUUGGUCUGCAUGGCACACAGUACAAUACCUGCAUAUCGAUCCUUUUUGUUGGAUACCUCCUCAUGCAAAUUCCUUCCAACAUGCUCAUGUCUUCCGGAAAAGUGCGAGCGUCUGUCUAUAUGAGUGUCUGCAUGGGCAGUUGGGCCGUUGUAUCCGCCUGCACUGCGCUCACGAAGAAUUAUACCGGGCUGGUCAUGGUUCGCUUCUUCCUCGGCAUCACGGAAGCCCCGUUCUACCCUGGCGCACUUUUCCUCCUGUCCCUCUUCUACACUCGCAAAGAGAUCGCACUCCGCAUUUCCAUCUUAUACUCCGGGAAUAUCGUCGCGACAGCUAUGUCUGGUCUCAUUGCUCUGGCGACAUUCGAGACACUUGAUGGGAAUCAUGGCCUGAAAGGGUGGCAGUGGCUCUUCAUCAUUGAGGGAGUUGUGACAUUUGGUGUUGCAAUGUUGGGGCUUCUCAUGCUCCCAGACCACCCCCUUACAACCCGCUGGCUCACGCCUGAAGAGCGGGAGCUAGCUCAUGCCCGGAUUCUAGCAGAUACCGUCGGCGGCGAAAACUCCAAGGGAGUCUUGGCUGGUCUGAAAGAAGCCUGUCGCGACCCGCGCUUAUACCUUCUCGCAUUCAUGCAAAACAUGCAUCUCUCCGCGUGCAGCUUCAACAACUUCUUCCCCACUGUCAUUGGGAGCCUUGGCUUUAACUCGACUAUUACCCUGGCCCUGACCUGUCCACCAUACCUUGUUUCCGGCGUCGUCGGCGUCAUCGUGGGCAUCACGUCCGGCAAAUGGAACGAGCGAACGUGGCAUAUUACGGUGACGAUGGGAAUUGCUGUCAUCGCGUUCGUCAUCUCCUGUGCUACCAUGAAUACAGCCGCAAGAUACCUCUGCUGCUUCCUCUUCACGAGCGGUGCGUACGCUGUCAACUCGGUGAUUCUCGGCUGGGUUUCCGCGACUCUUGGUCAGACGCCGGAGAAGAAAGCUGCCUCUUUAUCUGUUGUUAACGUUGUUGCCAACGCCUCGUACAUCUACACCGCGUACCUCUAUCCAGACACCGAUGGACCGAGGUAUCUCAUUGCGAUGUCCAGCAACGCUGCGUUUGGUGCAGCUACCAUCGCAAGUGCCUGGGCUCUACGGUGGUGGUUGCAGGCUACGAAUAGGAAGAUCCGCCGCGGAGCUCUUGCACGUGGUGAGGAUGGAGUGUUCUAUGCGUACUAG